AUGCCCCGGCGAAACACACCCACCCCAUCUUCCCCCUCGCCCGCGAGCCCGGCGGCCCCCAUCGCCGCCUCCUCUCCCUCGACCUCGACGACCUCCCCGAGCGCUCCCCUCUCCUCCGGCCCGACCACACUCAAGGCCAACUCCUCCCCCGUCGAGAUCGCCCAGCAUGUAUGGCACCAAUACCUGGCGUCCACGCCGCAGCGUACUCUGCUCCUCGACGCGUUCAUGUUCUUCCUUGUUCUAGUGGGGGGGGUGCAGUUCGUCUACUGCGUGCUGGCGGGGAACUACCCCUUUAAUGCUUUCCUGAGUGGCUUCUCCGCGGCAGUGGGCCAGUUCGUCCUUACCGCCAGCUUGCGCAUGCAGACCAGCGCGGAAACAAAGGAUUCCAAGCCCAACUCUAAGGGGAAGAAUGUCAAGCUUGUUGCGGCUGAGGAGGGCGAGACGCCCAUCUCGCAUGAGAGAGCGUUUGCGGAUUACAUCUUCGGAAGUCUGAUCUUGCACUUCUUCUGCAUCAACUUCAUCAACUGA